AUGACAAUGUUCCCGCAUACCGACGAUAAUACAUUUCUCGGUUUCGUUGUUGAAAUGCAUCCAGUGAACGAGAAUGUCAGCCGACGUAAUGCUACACUGGUUUAUGGCAAGGCCGCGUACAUGUGGAACGGUUCGAGGCCUCUAAUUGAAACAGUUCAAAAAUUCACAGAAAUACAUGCGACAGUUGGGGAUACAUGCAAAAACUGUUAUCUUUCCGAUUUUGAUAAACUUCUCAUAAAAAAUCAUGGGAUUUUACCAACCGCACGGCUUCAUUCAUUGAUGAGAAGAGUAAAAAUUUUCUUGGGACUCGGCUUUCCGCUGGAGGGCCCGGCACCACUGGAAGCGAUCGCAAGCGGUGCUGUUUUCAUCAAUCCAUCGUUCCGUCCAGCAAAAUCACGCAAAACAUACGAUUUUUUUCGAGAAAAACCAACUUUACGCGAGUUGACAAGCCAGAAUCCAUACGCGGAAACUUUCAUUGGCAGGCCACAUGUGAUAACCGUUGAUAUUGCAAACUUGUCGCUUGUCGAGGAAGCUGUUCAGGAGGCUCUUCACUCCAAAGUAUUUCUUUGGCAUUUGUUUCAACUCUCUCAGAUUACUUCCUCCUCCACCUCCCCUCCCCACCCCGCCUUUCCUCCCUUCGCCCUUCCCCCAGUCAGGACAUGGAUACUUUUUUCCCAGAAGUUUGCUUUUGCUGACAAGAAUUUUGGGGAAACAAGUUGA